GCCGUCUUUACAGUUGGCUCCAGAACAGAGGCCACUUUGGAGAUAACCUGUUUCUCUGAAUCUGUUCACCGCUUUUCUCACUCUUAUUCUCUUAUGAGUAAUAGUCACCUUUAGAACAGGAUAUAUCACUUUCUUACUUCGUAGAGUCGACGGAUUUUGAACGAUAUCGAGGAAAUGCAGGAAAAUUUACAUCGCUCGGACACUCAAAUAGCGACGGAAGAACAUAAACGUUUGUCCGACAUUGUGAAGGAAACUCACGCUCUGUUGCGCAUCGAGUGCCAGCAAUACGGCGCUAAGGCCGCGUGGGAGCGCCAUAUGUCGCGAAGUAACGUUUUGCAGAAAUACGCUGCAUCCAUGCAAAAAUUAGCUACUAAAUUUUGGAUGCAGAAUAAUCCAAGGAGCGGCACAUACUGCAGAAUUGAAUGGAUAAAAUUUCAGUGCAAGGAAUAUUUUCUCAACGGCGGCAAAGAGAAAUACGAUGUACGAGAGCGAGAUAUAAGUAUAAAAAUGACUCUGGGUGAAUUAAACAGUGAAAAUCUUCAAAUCUCCAAAGAUAACUGUGAUUAUAAAGAAGGAAGACUACAAAAUACAUAUAAGCGAAAAAUAACGCUAUUAGAUGUAGGAAGUUGUUACAAUCCUCUCAGUAACGAAGAUAUAUUUGAUGUCACCGCGAUAGACUUGACUCCCGCGACGAACGCGGUUCUUCGAUGCGAUUUUCUGAAUGUCACGAUCGGGGAAGAAGAGAUUCUUUCACAGGACGAGCGCGAGCUCUGUCAGUUUGCCGUUAAUUCAUUUGACGCUGUGGUGUUCUCCCUAUUACUGGAAUAUUUACCGUGUCCUAGGCAAAGAUAUGUCUGUUGUAGAAAUGCCUACGACGUGUUAAAAAGCGGCGGCGUGUUGAUUAUCGUGAGUCCAGAUUCGAAGCACGUCGGUGCGAACGCGAAGCUCAUGAAAUCCUGGAGGUAUAUGCUGAGCAAAUUGGGAUUUAUGAGAAUUAAAUACGAAAAGCUGCGUCACAUACAUUGUCUGGUGUUUAGGAAAUGCGCGUGCAAGAACGUGGCGAUGCGUUGGGCCGAUCUGCAGAGUUUCUCCGAAAAUGAUAAUAAAUACAUAUCUGAUGGAAAAAUUUUUAUUCCGCAGGACUUUCAGAGCAUAUCUUCUGACAAAAAAUCAGAAAACAUUGAAUGUGAAUACGAUAAGAGUGAUUUAAUGAGCAUUUUUUGCGAAUUACCUUUCAAUAACGAAGCAUUAGUGGAUAAAAACAUGUAAAUAUAUUGAUUAACCUUUAGAUUGCCGGGAAAGCCACUUUUGUGGCUCUGCGUAAAUCUUAAAAUUCUACGCCAUAUGUAUGUUACUUAUAUAGAAAAAUUUUUGAGAAAAAGAAACCAC